ACAAGGAGGAGGAGGAGGAGGGUAGUUUAGUGCAGGCUUUGCAAGAUUCGAAGAAAUUGAAGUCCAUGUGAAAUGGCAUGGCCAAGUGUUCCUGCAGCUCUUCUCAUAUUCUUUGCCCUAGCAGUUUCUGCUGAGGAUAUAUUUCUUGACUGGCACGUCACACUUGACACAAGUAUCAAACCGGCAUCUGUCGACCAACCUGUUAUCGCCAUCAACGGGCAGUUUCCGGGGCCGCUAAUCAAUGGCACAACCAAUGAUAUGUUUCAUAUCAAUGUGUUUAAUGAAAUGGAUGAACCGCUGCUCAUAACUUGGUGUGGCCAAAUAUCGAAUGGCAUACAACAAAGACUAAACUCUUGGCAAGAUGGGGUAUCAGGCACAAACUGUCCUAUUCUUCCUGGCAACAACUGGACUUACAUGUUCCAGUUCAAGGAUCAAAUUGGCACUUUUUCCUACUUCCCCUCACUCAAAUUCCAGAAAGCUGGAGGAGCUUUUGGUCCGAUUCGCGUCAAUAAUCGCGCAGUUAUCCAAGUACCAUUUCCGAAACCAGAAGCAGAAUUUGAUCUUCUCAUUGGUGACUGGUACGAAAGAAGCUACAAGGAAGUUAGGUCCUUGAUGAGCACCAAGACCAUGGCCUACAACAGCACCCCUGAUAAAAUUUUGAUGAAUGGAAAAGGCGCGUAUUUGGUACCUCCUACAGAAGGCCAUGAGUCUUUAAAUGUUACAAAGGGGAAGACUUACAGAAUUAGGAUAUCAAAUGUUGGGACUACAUGGAGCUUCAAUUUUAGGAUUCAAAGUCACAGAAUGGUUUUGGUUGAAACAGAAGGAUCCUAUACAAAUAAAAUUACAUUGGACUCUCUUGAUGUUCAUGUUGGGCAGUCCUACUCUGUGCUUGUCACAGCUGACCAAACUGUUUCAGACUAUUACAUGAUGGCAAGUCCUAAACUGUUCAAUGCUACAGAUGUGAGCAAAUUUGGCAUUGGUGUACUGCAUUAUGAUAACUCCACCACACCUGCCAGUGGGCCUCUUCCAACUGGUCCUGACCCAUUCGAUCGAGAAUUCUCCAUCAAUCAAGCUAAGUCCAUUAGGUUGAACUUGACCACAGGGGCUGCAAGGCCUAAUCCGCAAGGAUCCUUCAAUGUACAUAAUGUGACAUUGUCACAGACAUUCAUAUUGCAUUCAUCCACUGCAGAGAUUUUUGGUUUACCUCAGUUUACAGUCAACAAUGUGUCUUACUUGGCCCCAGACACACCACUAAAGUUGGCUGAUCAGUUUCUCAAUGGGUCGGGAAUUUACGAUCUUGAUAAAUUUUCUACCAACUCUUCAAAUGUUGAAUCCGUACGUGGAGUUUUUGUUGCCACGGGGACCCAUAAAGGGUGGAUAGAACUUGUUUUCCAGAAUGAUUUGGAGGACAUGGAUGCUUGGCACUUGGAUGGAUUUGGAUUCUUUGUUGUUGGUUUUGGAGCUGGAAAAUGGAAGCCUGAGUCGCGCUCUACUUACAACCUUUAUGAUCCAGUCGUGCGAUCUACUGUGCAAGUGUACCCUGGCGAAUGGAGUGCAGUUUAUGCAUACCUUGACAACCCAGGAAUGUGGAAUUUGAGGUCACAACACCUGAAAAAUUGGUAUUUAGGGGAGGAGCUUUAUGUGAGGGUGUAUGAUGCUGAUCCCAACCCUGCCAAGGAAAGGCCUCCUCCAUCUAACCUCCUUCUAUGUGGUCAGUAA